AUGAUGGACGGGCGUCUGACCCUCGGCGCGGUUUGUGUGCAGCGGGUGGCAUCGCCCGUCCCGCCGCCGCCCACGACUGCGUCACGUAGUACUCUCCUUCUUGCAACUCCCCCGCUCUUUAUGUUGGUACCAACACAGCCCCCUUCGCGCCGUACUUUGCACAAGGAGGUUGGAAGGCGUUCGCGACCUCCGUAUCGCCGUGAUUUGUCGCUGGCGCUGCCGCUCCCCGCCACAAGGGCGCUUUGUACGCGCGGAGGAGUCUUCGCCCCGUUAUCGCCUCCUGCACCUGCUGCCGCGCGUUCGUUCACCGAAUCCUCCGCCUCCGCCUCCGCCUCCUCCGCCGCUGAUAAAGGGUGGAUUAUAACGGUGCUGCUGGAGCCGCGUUUGACUCUUUGGAUAUGGCUGUUUGCUGGAGCUUCUCAGAACCUGUGGAAACCAGGAGAUCUGCGGAAAUUGGUUUCACUAAUAGCGUCGGUCGUUACUCGUGGUAGCCAAGCAUGUACUGCUCGAAGCUGUCCCUGUGAUACAGUAAGCUGCAAAAGAGCCGUAAUUGCGUUGGGGCUCGACAUUACUCUGAUCACCGGCCCGCCCCCGCCGUCCAUGUUAAGCAGGGCUUUCGGGCGAGAGCUGGCCUUUGGGCGCUGUGAGAUCGCAGGGGGCUGCCGCGGUCGCCGGGGAAUGAAACUGCUGCCGCUGACGCUGCCUCCCGUGGGCGCCAUGGACCGCCUGCCGCUGUCGCUGCCCUUCAGCCCCACGGACCUGCUGUGGAGGUACCCGCUGGGCUUCCCGGCCGCGACGCCCACGCAGCCCGCGUCCACGCCCGCGUCCCCGGUGCUGGACUUCAAGACGCACCUGCCCAACAGCCUCGCGUCGGACCCCCGCGUGUGGUCGCGAGAGGACGUGACUACGUUCCUGCGGUGGUGCGAGCGAGAGUUCGACCUGCCGCACUUCGAGAUGGAGAUGUUCCAAAUGAACGGCAAGGCGAUCUGCCUGCUGACCAAGAGCGACCUGGCGGAGCGCUGCCCCGGCGCAGGCGACGUGCUGCACAACGUGCUGCAGCUGCUGGUGCGCGACGCGCAGUCGCAGCGCUGCCUGCCCUCCAGCCCAGUCACCCCCACGUCCGCGCGCCACCUGCCUUACCCGCACCCGCUGUCGCCGCACCACGUGGCCGGCUCGCACCCCAACACCUCCACGUGGGGCCUGGUGGACUUCCAGGCGCCCAACCUGGCUCACCUCGUGCACCAGGGCAACUCUGUCACGCUCAGCCCGGCGCCCUCCGUCGACAGCCAGUCAGGGAGCCCCCAGCAUGCGGAUCACAAUGCUGGUUCUUAUCACAGCAGUGGCAGCAAUGGAAGCAACCAGUCUGAUACUGAUGAAGAGAGCUAUCAAGAGAAUGGAACAAAUGGCUUGCAAGGCCACUCGAGUCCCCCGUCCACUCCAGGUGUCAAUGCUGUGGCUCCUGCUUUGCCCCAGCCUCAGUCGCCCUCCAAGGAGCAGAUGAAUGUCCUGGGCAACAAUAAUUUCAGACCUGUUCGGGAUUUCUUCCCAUCAGACACACCUGAACCCAACACAAAUGGUCGUCUUCUAUGGGAUUUUCUUCAACAAUUGCUGAAUGAUCCUACUCAGCGUUACACAAACUACAUUGCUUGGAAGAACCGAGAAACUGGAGUGUUCAAGAUUGUGGAUCCUGCUGGUCUUGCUAAACUCUGGGGAAUUCAGAAGAAUCACCUAUCCAUGAACUAUGACAAGAUGUCUCGAGCACUUCGGUAUUAUUACCGAGUAAACAUUCUUCGUAAAGUUCAAGGAGAACGGCAUUGUUAUCAGUUUUUACGCAAUCCCAGUGAGCUGAAGAGUAUUAAGAACAUGUCAUUGCUGCGCCAGCAAAUGAGUCCUACCCGGCCUCCAGCAUCAUUGCAACAGCAACAACAGCAGCAGCAUAUUCAAGCCCCUCACCACCAAUCAUCAGCCUUGCCUCAGAUAGCACACCCAGCUGCAGCUAUGAGCAUCAAGAUUGAGCCUAAAGUAGAAAGUGAGAGUCCUGCUGAUGAUGAUGUUCCCACUGACUUGAGCAUGGAGCACCCCACCAACUUGAGUCCCACUGACUUGAGCAUGGAACACCCCACUGACCUGAGUCCCACUCGACACUCCGGACUCACCGAUUGCACUGCAGCCUUGCUGUGCCAUGUGGUGAAAGUGAAUGAAGGGUCAGAAGUGUCUGAUGAGAAGUGACUAUCAAUGUGGCGUGCAACAUGGAACAUAUAAUGACAAGGCAAUCUUGGUUUGCCGGAUUUAAGUUAUGUCUGUUUGCAGACUAUAAACAUUGGAGAGUGAGGGCCUGUGACCUGCAGAUCACAAAUGGGCUACAAAGAUACACAUAUCUCAUAGUCUGCAAAUUCCUUGGGAUGACCCAAAUAAGACUAUCUACCUGUUACAGAGUAAGCUAUUUGUGGGAACUUAUUGUUGUGCACAACUUGCGGUGAGAAACCAUCCUGUUGUUUGCCAGCUCUGAAGCCCAUAUCAACACAAUUGUAAGAGAUGUAUAUUUAUUAAAUAUUAUAUUAGAUUUAAUUCUUUACAUAGCUGUACCGAAAGCAGAAAGAUUUAUUUUCAAAAUCUGUCUAGUAGAAGCUACUGCACAUAAUUGUGUUACUUCUACCUGCUUUCCAAUCCAGAUUGUUGUUAUUUAAGAUACUUUGGCAGUUUAUUCUGUAGCAACGAUAUUCUUUUCCUUUAGGAGUGUCUGCAAUGUGAUAAAAUAAGACAUGCAAAAUCCCAUGAACUUUUAUGGUCGGGAAUUGCAUGCAAGUGUACUGUGCUCAACAAUUCAUGAGACCUGAUUUGUUAAGUGCAUGCAUAUUAAAUCUUAAUACUAGUAGACUACCAAUCAAAUGCAAGUCAGAUUGGCACAGUAAUGCUUUAGAUUGGUUUGUUAAAGGAAGUGUUUGAAGUUUGCUCACCUUGAACAGCAUUUAAGAACUAGUCCUUUUAGGCCUCUUCAUAUCCCCCACAAUCUUAUUUAAAGGUGCCUUGCCUUCAGAAAAGGCGUGGGAAGGGAGUGUGGAGACUUUCUGGAAUCUCCAAGCUCCUUUUCAGACACUUAUUGUAAUCUCAGAGAGAUCGUGCGAGAUCUCCUUGGGAAAUCUAUUGUGCCAAGAAUUUAUGUUGUAACUUUUUCCUGAAUGAAGAGUAUUGGAAUAUGGCAAAGUGAUUGCCAUACACUCUCCAUUUAACCAUUCUUGAAGUGAAACAAUAUUCAGGGCAGAAUGUUCACAAGUUAUAGAUGUUUUUUGUGAUUCCUUUGUAGACAUAAUAUUAAAUAUAGCUAUGCACUUCCCACACAAUAUUUAAGUGUUUAUCAGACAGCAGCGAAAGAAGGGUAUCUUUCAACAAUAUUCUAAUGAACAAAAUUUUCUUAAUAGUAAAUUAAGUUAACCAGUGUAAGUUCAGUAAAGAAUUCUAGCCACUGGUUCUUGUUCUGUGGAAUCGUUUCAGAAUCUAUGCAUGUAUAAGAAACAGAAUUCCGAAGUUGUGUAUCAUUAAAUUUAAAAUGUAUUUCUGAUACAAGUUGACAAUUUCAGUGUUCGUAAAAGAAAUUCAUUUCAAUUCUACCUUUUUUCCUGAAAAGGAAGAUACAGGAAUUUCGAAGUUCUGUACAAAAUUGUAUUUACCACCUAAUCCUUGGUUCAAUGAAUAGUGGAGAUCAAUGGUUUUCACGUGAGAAAUUACGUAGAUGCUUUAAACAAAUUCUCUCUAUAUUUAUUAAUGGUGCACAAGUUUACUUUUGGGAAAAGCAGUUUGAACUUGAUUUGCCAAUGUGUGGGAAACAAAAACAACCUUGUAUCACUUCAAAUAUAGGUACAAAUUUGUGGUGCAUUGGGUUAAGUGUCACUAGGGUGAUCAAUGCAACACAUGCUCACGUUCCCAUUUACUAACAAAUAUGGGUUGAAUACAGACAAGUUUAUGAAUCAGCCAUGGUAAAUCUUCGUGGUGUUAGAUUCUUGUCUGUAUUUUGUCACUCUGUGAUCUCUAGUUGUAUUAUCCAUUGCAAUUGGUUUUUGUUACUGUGUUGUAAAUAUUUUUAAUGUUAUGUAGAAGUGAUUUAACAGAGAAAUUAGAUUUUGUACAUAUUUUAAAAUACCUACAUAUUAUAUUGUUAGAUAAUGUUUUGUGUUAUAAAAUACAAAGCUUAUUUUAGGAAAAAUUUUCAAUCAUGAGGGAAGGAAUCCAAUAUAUUGUAUUGUACAGAUUAAUUUUAAGGGCAAUAUUGUUUUUAAGAGUUUUCUUAAUUUUAUGGCAUACUUAUAUAGAGCACUCAGCUAAGAAUUUUUUAAUGGGUAAAUUACUAAAUGCGGGGUGCUUUGCAGCUUGCUUUACUUAGAAAUAUGCAAAUACUAUACAUAGUUAUCAAUUUCUGUGAGAUCCUCUUCUGAACCCAUGACAAGGGAUUAUUUGGGAUAAUUGGCAGCUUGGUAGCAUGGAAUUAUUUCGAACCAAGAUUGUACAGUAGAUUUCAAAUUAGAUGUCUCCGUAAAAAAAACAAUGAAUAUAAAGAUCUCAUUACUUAUGAACAGAUUGUUUUUAAAAAACCCAGGAAGGUAAUGUACAAAUGGUAAAAUGAAAUUAUAUAUAAUUAUUUUUGUGAGAGCUGUACAUCAGCUGCAGCUUGGUAAGGUAAAUAUAAAGUGAAUAAUACUUAAUCAGUAACGCAGCAGUUUUAUUACAAAAUAUCCUCAUUUUCCUUCCUUUAUAUUCCACCGCAUAGAAUUAACAUGUAUAAAGGCAUUGUAGCAGAGAUUCAGGACCAAUAAGGACUAUUGUGAUCUUUAAAUGUAAAUUGUUCUUUCACAGAAUAUUUACACUAACAUUUAAACUUCACAAAAUUUAGGUCAACAUAACAUGUUUCAUGUUGAUUGGUCACCAGUUUGGAAGAAAAUUACAUCAUCAGCAACUACUGCUGUUGUAGAACGGGAAACUCCGUUUUCAUCUUUUACUUCACCAUAUGUCAGCCUGCCUUGGACAUAAACUCGUUGACCUUUCUUCAUGAAAGUAUACACUGUAUCUCGAAGAUGUGGCUUGAAGACACACACACGGUGCCAAUCAGUACGCUGCACAAACUCGCCAGAUUCGUACUUAUAAUUUGCAUGCGUUGCAAGUGAGAAAAUAACAACAGGAUGCUCCUCUGUUCCACGUUUUUGUGGUUCUCCACCAACGCGGCCCAAUAAUGUAACAGAGUUCAAUGCUUAAAAAGAUGUAAUUGAAGUUACACAAAGAGAAACCUUCAACAUCAAAACUAAAUUGAACCAAAGAAAACAAAAACAUUCUACAUCCAUGAACUUCAAAUUUUGAAAGGCAAACAAAGAGGUUUUAAGUUUUAAACAGGGAUCACUUUUUUCUUAACAUAAACAGUUGAAAACACCCUACAGACAUUACAGAGGUUACGAACAACAAACUUUUAUGCACAGAACACAACACUAAUCUCUUAAGAACAGUUUCUUGCCUUUACUCAAAACCCAAGAAAAUGUGACUCUGAAAGUUUUUGUUUGCUCCAAUUCAAUUAUAACAUGUCUCAUCAUAAC